AUGAGGCUCCUGACGAUGACCCCUUCCUCAGUCUCGGCGAUUAGAGGCUCCAAAGCUGUGGAGCGCUGCUCUCCGCUUCAAAUUGCUCACGCCAUACUGAAGGAGCAUAACCUUCCACAUGGCCUGCUGCCUAUGGAGAGCCUGGCGGACAUCUCCUUCAACUCUUCUGAUGGACGAUUCGUUGCAACUCAGGGAAAAGACGAGUGCAUGGCGGAAUUUGGGGGACAUUACAUCAAGUUCGAUAGGGUCAUAUCUGGGGAUCUCUGUCAAAAUGGAAUAUUCAAUCUCAAGGGAAUCAGAGUCAAACGCUUCCUCAUGUGGUUGCCUAUCGGCAGUGUGAGAACAGACCCUCCUCCUGGUAAAAACAUUCACUUCCAGGUGGGACCCUUCACAGCCUCCCUCCCUGCUAAGGAGCUAUGGGAAUACAAAUUCUGGGCACCGUCGUUCAAUAAAGUGCCAGAAUCACCCAACCCCUCUAGGUGCCCGCCUCCUGUUCUUCACCUUCCGCCGCUGUCCACUCGCUUCCAUUCAGCUACUGCUUUGUGUAGUCCACGUUCGCCUAGUGUCAAGGCUACAUCGAGUGGAUCAACAGUGAUAGAAAGGGCAUAA